AUUUUUUAGAUAGUUAUCUAAAAUAAAAUAAUAUCAAAUAGAAAUAUAUUUUGACCCUAAAGAUCCCCGACAACAAAAAAUGCCAAAUAGAAAUAUAUUUGGACAUUAAAGAUCCCCUAUAAAUGAAUCACAUUUGCCAUCAAAACAACCCUAGCUUUCUUUUCAUGCUUCUCAAGCUCCAUGCAAAGGUCACCAUCUUCUUCUUCCUUCUCCAUGAAAAUCAAAACCCUAAUCCAAAACCUCGUCUUCUCCCAACUAAUCCGUGUCACUCAUGUUCUCCUCGUAAAAGCUAAAACUGUUCUUAUCGAGAUCGCGGAAGAAGCGCGUCUUAAAAACAUUCAAAUCUUGGUGUCUUUAAUCUUCAAGAAGAAGAGAAAAAAGAACAGACUGUAUAUCGGUUCGUUUAGGUUUGGUUAUAACUCGAGUCCCUCCCAUUUUGUCCCACAAAUUUCAACUUAUGAUGAAUUUAUCGAUUAUGUGUACUACGAUUAUUCUUUUGAAGAGGAGGUGAAACCAGAUUCGCAACUCUCGGGGUACCUCCAUUGGCUUGAAGAGAACACCAAUGAUACUUGUGAACUCAUCGAGAUCAACGAGAUUGAUGAUCUUGCAGAAAGAUUUAUAGCAAAUUGUCAUGAGAAGUUUGCAUUGGAGAAACAAGAAUCUGAUAGAAGAUUUCAAGAAAUGAUGGCUAGAAGUUUGUGAAUUGUAAAGGAUGGAGUGGUAUGAUUGAUCAACACAAGUUGCAUGGUUAUGGUAGGUUUGGUUUGCUUAAAACAUGGGCUUUUUAGAUUAGAUUAUUGUGCAAAGCUAUUAGAAGUUAGAACUGUGUAUAAGUAAACGAUCCAUAAAAUAUAUGUUUCGGUUGGACCCCCCUUGAACUUAAUAUAUAUAUGACACUUGUUCACCCUUGAA